CAAAUUCAAUCUCUUACUAUGCCCCUCUCUCUCUCUCCCCACAUAUAAGUAUUACUCGCUCUACCAUCUCACACCUCACCAACACUAAUCUUUCUCUUUCUUUAAAAUUUACCCGCUCUCUAUCUGUUUUAUCUCCCACCAUCACCUCACAGAACAAACACGCAGUUUCCUUCAUCACUAUAAUCUCAUCACUUAUGAAAUCUACAACACGCACUGUCCUCUCUGAGAAUAUCAUGCCGAGGAGAUACCGGUACAGUGGACAGCAUCAGUAUAAACUUAAUUAUUUCUGUCACUAGAAUCGGGAUCUAAUGUAAAAAAAAACCUGUAUGGCCACUGACUACUUCACAAUUACAGUAUAUUGCCAAAUUUAAAGAACUGAUUUGUGGCUUGUGGUUUAUAAAUGGACAUCAUGUGAUCUUGAAGUUGAAAGCCUGACCAGAAGAAUUCUAUGUGAAAAAGUGUCUUCAAAAUUAAUGACAACAAUCCUAUUGCUUGAGUCAAAGGGUGAGUCUUUACUCAAGCAGUGGCUAAACCUUAGAGAAAUAGAAAUACCAGCCAAACAGCCUCUGAAAUCACAUCCUUUCAUCUUAAAAUAGGAAGGGCACAUUGGAGAAUGUAGUUAUUGAUUGAUAUACAAAAAUGAUGUGUAGGUCAUGGUUGGAAUAUUUGUGAUCAUAGAUUUUCUCAAUCAGAGCUGACUUGCUGUUAAGCAACAACACCACCAACAGCCCUUACUACAGAAGGGGGUCGGGUCAGAGUUCCUAUGGCGUCUCUGGGUCGACCCCUCAGGUUCACACGUCGCAUGCGAUGCUACAUUUUCGGCUUUUGCAUCAACGUCUUCCUUGUAUGCAACAUCUUGGUUCACCAGACAUGGACCAAGUGGAACAGUGCUCUCGUCGAGAAGCCCGAUAGUUGGUCACGAACUGCCGGCAAGGGUUCUGCACAGAAAACCCAGGGAGAUAAUGAAUACCGUGUGUUGGUCAGCCGUUUCCGAAAGCUGAUGGAGAACGCUGUAGAAUCGAGCAAUUUUUCAUCUAGCGAAAACGAUGAAUCGCUCGAGUUGAUCAGCAAUGCUGAGAACGGAACACUUCGUUUCAAGAACCGGAGCAGCGAACAACUUUUCAACUGUCAGGAUAUCGAGAACAUAACUGACAAACACUACAUCGGAUCGGGCUGGACAAAGGCUGUGUAUAGCGGAGUUAUAUCGUCCAAGAAAGUUGCAAUGAAGACUGUCGACAUUGGAGGGCAAGAUGUGACCAACUGUGUGAAAUGGGGUCAGACUCUUGCAGAAUGUUAUUACAGAGCUGCACAGAAAAUUGUCAAAGAAAUUGUUCUCCUGCAGGAAUUGGAACACCAGAAUCUCGUUAAGGUAUUGGGUUACUGCAUCCCUGAAGAACAGUACAACGGUGAUGAUGUUACUUUGGUGUCUUUAAUUACAGAGCUGGGUGACACUAUAGAUCUGAUCAAACUGCUGCCUAUGAGCUGGGAAGAAAGACUACGAAUCUCAUAUGACCUCACUUCACUGAUUCAUUUCUUCGCUCACUCCCCUCACGGUCCCGUAGUCAUGAACGACUUCCGACACCAACAGUUUGUCCUUGUCAAUGGAAUGUUAAAGCUUACCGAUGUCGAUGACACUGGAAUCGGUGACCCACACUGUUCCACACAGGCCGACUGCAAUCUCCAUUUCUCACCUUCAGAAUUCCAUGCCAAAAUCCCUUGUCAGAACGGUCAUUGUGUCGGACUGAAUGAAAAGAAAAAUAUCUUCAAUGCUGGGCGCCAUUUCAUAAUUUUUCGACUUCCAUAUGGUGCUCCACCAUCCCUCCAUCCUAUUCUUUACGAUGUGGUUUCUGGCUUUACCAACUUGACCAUGAACGCCGACAGACUUCUAGAACAGAUGCAAAAGGCUGUACACCUGUACAAAACUGGCCAUUACCUGAACAGGACUGAACCUGUGAAGACUGAAUACAAAGAAUAUCUUGAAAGUGAUUUGCCCGGUAAAUACGAUUACAGAUGUCGAGCUUCUAUAUCCGGAACGAGUUGCACUUUUACUGUGUUUGAUCAGAAAGAGGCUGAAGAUAUCUGUGAAAGGGAUCCAGAGUGUUUCGGAUUUGUCAUGACACAAGAAACUACGUGGACAGGUCGGAAAAUCGUCCAUUUAAAGAAUAACAUGAGCAUCCCGGUGCGAAAUGCUGGUACAAAUUUAUACAUGCGUCCCUCCUGAGACAUUAUCAGUCCUUUCAGUUCAUUACACUUAAAUGAUGUCGAAAAUGUCCUCUGACAAUGGGGGAUGAACGAACAUUUGAAAAAUCUCAAUUCCCUCCGCUUUCCAAUUUUGUAAAUAAUAUAUCAGAAAAAAAAAAAAUUUAAAAGGAAGGCUUUCCACAUCUAAUUGCUUUGUCUGUGAUUUACUUAAAACAUGUGGUAAAACAUGUGGCUGUUCUGGAAUUUUGUUUCUGGACAUAAACAUAUAUACUCCUACACACACACACACACACACACAUGCAUACAUGUGCAUACACACAUUCAUUUUCACAUUGAUUGAGUCCGUGGUUUAACUGGGUAGGCUUUAUAAUUUCACUCAACCUGCUAGAAAUAACUGUUACGUUUACCUCAAAUAAGACCCUCACUAUCCUCCAACAAAAGCACAUUGGUUAGAUGAUGCAAUUAAGAAAACCCACUAGACAGUCAUGGCUGGAAAGCUUUGUUCACUCUAGGUUUACCUGAGCACAAUAUACACAACAGCCAAGGUGGCAGAAUCAUUAGCACGCCGGGAAAAAAUGCUUAGCAGCAUUUUGUCUUUACAUUUUAAGUUGAAAUUCCUCUGAGGUCAGCUUUGACUUUCAUUCUUUUGGGGUCAAUAAAAUAAGUACCAUUUGAGGGCUGGAGUUGAUAUAAUCAACUUACCCCCUCUCCCAAAUUUGCAGGCUUUGUGCCAAAAUUUGAAACCAAUAUUUAAGUAAGUAGGCUGACAGAAUCAUCAGUGUUAUUUCUUUACUACCCACAAGGGGCUACACACAGAGGGGACAAACAAGGACAGACAAACGGAUUAAGUCGAUUAUAUCGACCCCAGUGCGUAACUGGUACUUAUUUAAUCGACCCCGAAAGGAUGAAAGGCAAAGUCGACCUCGGUGGAAUUUGAACUCAGAAUGUAGCGGUAGACGAAAUACCGCUAAGCAUUUCGCCCGGUGUGCUAACGUUUCUGCCAGCUCGCCACAGAAUCAUCAGUGUGCCAGGCGAUAUGCUUAGUGGCAUUUCGUCUGUUUUUAUGUUCCAAGUUCAAAUUCUGCCAAAGUCGACUUUACCGUUCAUCUUUUCAAGAUCGACGAAAGACGUACCUCUUCCCCAAACUUGCUGCCCUCGUGCCAAAAGCUUGAGACAGCCCAUAAGUUUGCAUGCAGCCAUCCUUAUAUUGAGAACACUGUACUUAUCAACAGUUAUAUUAGCAGCAAACACCACUGAGAAUGUGUGAAGUAAUUUUAGAAUAUGCUAUGAUGGCAAGUGUUCCUCUAGCUUGCAUCAGUUAAAAAUAUGGCUUUUGCGACCCUAGUUACCAAAUACUUGCAUGGAAACACUACAUCACAUCACACACACACACACAUACACACAUGCACAAACACCACACGCAAACACCUCAUACUCCCCGACAAUCCUAUGUUUUUGUACAAACACACACAUCAUAUACGUAAGCAUAUAUAUAUAUGUAUAUAUCUAUAAAAUGUGUACCCAGACACAUAUAAAGACUAUGUAUGUGUGUUGUGCGUGUGUGUGUUUGGUAUUGCAUUUUAAUAUUACAUGCGAGCAAAUCUGUUGAGAACAAAGAGAAUAAAAGAAAUAUAUGAGUACAAGUGACGGAUCUUCCAGAGUUGUGACAAAAAAAUGUUGUGAUCAUCAUCAUCAUCAUCAUCAUCAUUAUUAUUAUUAUUAAAGCAGCGAGUUGGCAGAAUUGUUAGAACGCUGGACGAAAUGCUUAGUGGUAUUUCGCCCAUUGCUACAUUUUGAGUUCAAAUUCCACCAAGGUUGACUUUGCCUUUUGUCCUUUCAGGGUCGAUAAAUUAAGUACCAGUGAAACACUGGGGUCGACGUAAUCAACUAGUCCCCAACCACCUUCAAAUUUCAGGCCUUAUGCCUUUAGUAGAAAGAAUUAUUAUUAUCAUUAUUUAGGUGUCAAGCUGGCAGAAUCGUUAACACAUCAGGCAAAAUACUUGGUGCCAUUUCAUCCAUCCUCACAUUCUGAGUUCAAAUUCUGCUGAAGUUGACUUUGUCAUCUUUUCGGGAUCGAUGAAAUAAGUACCAGUUGAGUACUGGGAUCGAUGUAAGCGAUUUAUCUGCUUCCUGAAAUUGCUGGCUUUGUGCCAAAAUCUGAAACCAUUAUUAUUAUCAUCAUUAAUGGUAAUUAAUAAUAAUAAUGUUUCUGCAGUAAGCUGGCAGAAACAUUAGAGCAUUAGAAAACGGCUUUGCUGCUCUUUAUGUUCUGAGUUCAAAUCCUGCAGAGGUCAGCUUUGCUUUACUGGGUUGAUAAAAUAAAGUACUAGUCAAUGUAAUCAGCUUAUCCCCUCCCCUCAAAAUAGCUGGCCUUUGUGCUUAGCAGCAUUUUAUCCAUCUCUACAUUCUGAGCUCAAAUUCCACUGAGGUAGGCUUUGCCUUUCAUCCUUUCAGGGUCGAUUAAAUAUAAUACCAGUCAAAUACUGAGGAUCAAUGUAAUCAACUAGCGCCCCACCUCUCCCAAGCAUUUAAGGCCUUGUGCCACCCUCCACCCCACCCCCACACCAACCGAAAUUGCUGGCCUCGUUGCCAGAAUUUGAAAUUGUUAUAAUUAUUAUACUCCAGACAGACUAAAUGCUUUUGAAGUACUACUUCUAGUUCUUUACAUGCCGAGUUCAAAUCGUACCAAGGUCAGCUCUGCCUUCUUUCAUCAUUUCAGCAUUGAUUAAAAUAAAGUACUACUCAAGUACUGAGGUCAUUGUAAUUGACAACCCGACCCUUACUCACACACACACUCACUCUCUCUCUCUCUCUGAAACUUCAGGCCUUGUGCCUAUAUCAGAAACAAUCAUUAUUAUUAUUAUAUUAUAGUUUUUGUUUUUUUUUCUCAAUAUUUCUAUUUUUUUGUCUUUUAAACCUGAAUUCUGUCCAUUUUGUCCAAACUGGACUCUUGUCUGUCAUAUCAGAAUUAAAUGUCAUUAAAAAUAUAUUAAAUCUU